CCAGGUCCCGCCGCUGCUGAGACACUCAGGUUUGAAACAUGAAUUUCUACCUGUGUUUAGCUUCCCUGUGCUUAGGGAUAGCAGCUGCUGCUCCACAACUUGACCAGACUUUAGAUGCCAAAUGGGAACAAUGGAAGUCCCAACAUGGAAGGAACUAUGGAGGGAAGGAAGAAAAUUGGAGGAGAACAAUGUGGGAGAAGAAUUUGAGAAUGAUUGAAAUGCACAAUCUAGAGUACAGUGCUGGCAAACAUAGUUUCCGGAUGGAAAUGAACAAGUUUGGAGAUAUGACCAAUGAGGAAUUCACACAAGUGAUGAAUGGCUUUAGACAAAACAGAUUUCAAAGGAAGACCAAAGGAACUCUGUUUCGUGAACCUCUCUUUGAACAGAUCCCUGAGUCUGUAGACUGGAGAAACAAAGGCUAUGUAACUCCUGUUAAAGAUCAGGGUCAUUGUGGUUCUUGCUGGGCAUUUAGUGCAGCUGGUUCCCUGGAAGGCCAGUGGUUCCGUAAGACAGGCCAACUUGUUUCACUUAGUCCACAAAAUUUGGUUGACUGCUCUAAGAGCAACUACGGCUGUGAAGGUGGUUUAAUGAGUCUUGCCUUUGACUAUGUGAAGGAAAAUGGAGGCAUUGAUACAGAGGAAUCCUAUCCCUAUGAAGGAAUGGAGGGUGACUGUCGGUAUCGGCCAGAAACUGCUGUUGCUAAUGUCACUGGGUAUGUGAACAUCUCAUCUGGGGACGAAAGUGCUCUCAAAAAGGCUGUGGCAACUGUGGGUCCCAUCUCUGUUGCUAUUAACGCAGCACAUGCAUCCUUCCAGUUCUAUCAGUCUGGUGUUUAUUACGACCCAGAAUGCAGUAGUGAAGAGCUAGAUCAUGGCGUGUUGGCUGUGGGCUACGGUGUCAUUAAAGAAACUGGAGAGAAAUACUGGAUUGUCAAGAACAGCUGGAGUAAAGGUUGGGGUGAAAGGGGGUACAUUUUAAUGGCCAGGGACAAGAAUAACCACUGUGGAAUAGCAACAGCAGCCAGCUAUCCUGAACUAUGAUGUGAUUGAAGGAAGAGUGCUUCACAGAGCGA